AUGUACGCAAAGGCACUUCUCACUCUUCUUCCCUUCUUCACGACCUCGGUCGUCGCAGCUCCCAAGCACCACAGGGACGUUGCUGCGGAUCUUCUUGCUUGCGCCAAGAAGGUUCUGCCUGCUUCUCAAAUCGUCACUCCUUCGGACCCGUCCUACACUACUGCCCGUACCGGUGUUAUUUUGCUUAACGACAGCCAAUACCCUGCUCUGGUUACUUACCCCAAGGAGCAAAGCCAGGUUGGCCCUCUUGUCAAGUGCGCCGUCAAGUAUGGCUUCAAGGUCUCGCCCCGCACUGGACAACAUCACUUCGAGAACUGGUCUUCCCUGAACAGUUCCCUUGUUAUCGACAUUGAGAAUUUUUCUUAUGUUCUCCCAGCGAAGGACUUGAAGACCGCUACUGUUGGUGGCGGUGCCCGCCUUGGUGCUCUCUACUCCGUUCUCGAGGGCUAUGGCGUUACUUUCACUGCUGGUAUCUGCUCUUCCGUCGGUGUCGGUGGAUAUCUUGGAGUUGGUGGCUACAACAUGCAGAUGCGUACCCAGGGCUUCGCUGUCGACCACUUGAAGUCUGCCAAGGUUGUCACUGCUGCUGGCGAUCUUGUCACCAUCUCCCCGACAUCCAACCCAGAGCUCUGGUGGGCUGCCCGCGGUGGUGGAACCUUCGGUAUCGUUGUUGAGGCUGUUCUAGAGACCGCUGUUCUCCCUCGCUCUGCCAUGUUCGUCGCCAACUUCAACAACGCUACCACUCGCUUCGAAGCCCUGAAGAAGUACAACGCUUGGGCUCCCAAGCAAGACCCCUACUUCGAGUCGCAAUUCAACUUCUACUCGGACCGCACUCAAAUUCUCGGCUGGUACCUCGGUAAAAGCAAGGCCGAGCUUGAGGCUAUCCUCGCUACUUCCGGCCUCGCUUCUGUUCCCAACGCCCAGAUCAAGGUUUCCGGCAACUGCAGCACGGCCAACUCUCGUAAUUUCUGGACCUACACCCAAGACGAGUGCACUGACGAUGCUACCGCCAGCGCCGCCUUCUACGGGCAGUACAAUGUCGCCCCUGACGCCCUUACCCCUUUGCCCGGACAGGUAGCCGUCUCUGCUAUCAGUUCCCAACCGGCUCGUCCUGAUAUUGCUCGUGGCGCUCUAUGGCAGCGUGGUAACAUCUACACGAAGACCUUCGUUGAGACCAAGGACAACCUUCUCGGUGAUGAUGAUCUCCAGUGGUUGGUCGACAACACCAAGAACCUUCCCACGGAGAUGGGUUUCUGGAUCGAGGUUACCACCUUCAACGUCUCUACCCCAGCCUCUAACUCUGCAUUCCCGUGGUCAGACAAGGCCAAGACCCUGUGGCGCAUGCAGGUCGAGAACGAGGACCCAGUAAAGGCGCAGUCUAAGGCUAUUUCUGAGCUGUUUGAGAAGGAGUUCCGUCCUCGUGUUGGUCCUUACACAUACUCUGGAUACGUCGAUUCGAAGAUCACUGGUGACAUCAUCACUGCCAACUACGGUCCCAAUGUCUGCCGUCUUGUCAAGGCUCGCCAGAAGUUCGACCCCAACUUCGUCUUCUACAACCCGGGAGCUGUGCCCCCGAAAGCCAAGGCCUCAUGGGGAUGCUAG